AUGGCUGAACACGUGGAUCUGAUUGUGCCUGGCACUUCCAUGCUGCAGAUGAAGGGCGAUGAGGCUCCUGCAGCUCUGCCUUCUACUGCCCGCCCUGCGUAUCUUAAGCCCAGCGAGAAGAGUGAUGUGUUUCAGUCACGAUCCGCUGCUGCUGAUCCUCCCUUCCCUGACCGGGUCACACCCUCUUGCAUCAAGGCCAUGUACGGCAUUCCUGACGCGCCUUCCAACCCCAACCCCAACAACAUGAUCGGCAUCUAUGAGGGCAAUAAUUCUUUCCUUAAGCUAGAUGACCUUGAUUUGUUCUACAACAACACCAACGUCGGUAUCCCACUUGGCCAUGGUCCUAUAGUGGACUAUAUCAACUACUACACUGGCAAACCCACAGGCACCGGGUAUGAGCCAGAGGUCUCGCUUGACCUGCACAUGGCGUAUCCCAUUAUAUACCCGCAGCAAAUCCAUCUUUUCAACAUGAACAACACACAUUGCCAGCUCUACGACGAGUUCUUGGACGCCAUUGACGGCUCUUUCUGCCAGGGAGACGAUCCCAGCGUGGAUACGCCUGGUGGUAGCCACGUCUGCGGUGCCUACAAACCCACCAACGUCUUCUCCUUCUCCUAUUCAGUCUCUGAGAAGGCAUGGAGCGCUCCUUACCAGACACGCCAGUGCAACGAAUGGAUGAAGCUUGGUCUUCAGGACGUGUCCGUCUUUCACGCGGCGGGUGAUACCGGCGUAGCAUCUCCUCCGUUCGGCAUCUGCGAAGGUAAAGACAACAAGGAGAUUUUUGGUCCUAUAAGCCUGGUGGGAUGCCCGUACACCACGGCCGUGGGUGCUACGGAGCUGCCGACCGGAAAGACUGCCGGUGACGAAGAGCAAGCGGCAAUAAUCCACUACUCUGGCGGCGGCGGCUUCUCUGAUAUCUUCCCACGCCUAGACUACCAGAACGCUGCUGUCUCUAGCUUCUUCACCAACCACACGCCACCCUUCCCCAGCUACAAUGCGACAGAGACAGGUAUUCCCGAUCUUGGCUCACAAGGCCUCUUCAACCGUGCCGGACGCGCCUAUCCUGAUAUUUCCGCGGAUCGUCUAGCUGCUGGCAAGAAGCCCGUCGGAUUUGUCAACCCUGCCCUGUACAAGAAUCCAGCCAUGUUCAACGACAUCACGCUCGGAGGUAUGCUGAAGACGCGCCCCUACACCUGCAACAACCAGAGCUUCGAUACUGCUCCCGGGUGGGAUCCCGUCACAGGUCUUGGAACUCCGAGAUACCCAGAUAUGUCCAAGUACUUCUUAAGCCUGUAA